AUGAGUCGCCUGCCAUCCGUUUCCAGUUUGAUGUCACCUCCAGAGUCGAAACCUCUGGAUGUCUUCAAUUCGAUUACGAUGUCCAAUUUCACACUACCGCAGGAUCCACCAUAUAGUCAUAGCAUGGAACUACCUUUCAUCUCGGGUGAUCGAAAGCGUACGCAGUCAGAAAUGGACUUGCCAUCACCACCUGUCACUCCCUAUGCUGGAACUAAGAAGAGGAAAUCGAACGUUUCCGAACAAAUUGACAAAGAUGCUGUCAUGGGCUCAUCCAGAGACCCUCUUCUUUUCCCGCGACAUGAAUCUAUAAAUGAUAUUGCCACUGAUGAACCUUUGUUUGGGCCCAUGCCUCCUAACACCACGGAAGCGUUGGUCAACCAACAUAUCAAUUCUCACAUGGCGAGAUUCGAGAACAAACUAAAUAAGCCGACACGUGAGGAGUAUCUUCUAGCUCUUUCGUGUGUACCGAUUGUAUCUUCUCAAUUUAACCGCAAUCCAGCAGCAUGGGCCAAACAGGAGCGAGAGACAUUAGAGCGUCAGUUGUCAUUGAUGAACCAUUCUCGUCCUCGUGUAUUAGAGGCCGGGUUGAAGAAACUUGCACCGGCACCCACGAAGAGGACGCUGGCUGCACAGCCUCGUGUUCAACGGGCGUCUAGAGUAAAGCGAACUCCGAAAUCUACACCAAAGCAGAAGAUUCUCGACAGCUUUGACAUACCACUGUCGAGCGCAAAGCAAGCUCGCUCUAUAGGGACCAAUCGGGACGAUAUUAAUUAUAGCUCCAUCCAAGACUUUUCCCCUUCGAUAGAGACUCUUGGCGGCAAUUCAAAGGCUUUGAAAGCAGAUUGGAAAGGGCAGGUGUUAGAUCUCAGUCAGGAUCCAGACAGGCAUCUACUCAGCUCGGCCGAGCUCGGCCUGGCAGCAACUUUGAGGCUCUCAUGCGCAACGUAUCUGUGCAGCAAGCGGCGGAUUUUCGAAGCUCGAGUCAAGGCCCUAAAUGUCGGUAAGGAGUUUCGCAAGACAGACGCCCAGCAGGCAUGCAAGAUCGAUGUGAACAAGGCAAGCAAGCUGUGGACCGCGUACGAACGCAGAAACUAG